AUGUCUCCCUUUGUGAUAGUCUUCUGCGUUUGUUUGGCGGCGUGUGCGCAGGCAGCGUCAGUGUCAAUGUUUGACCUCGAAGCCGCCGAGGAACAUUUCGAACGCUUCAUCCAAGACUUCAAUAAACAAUACACUAGCGAGGAAGAGAAGCAAACUAGGUUUACAGUUUUCAAAGAAAACUUGAAAAGAGCAAAUACUUUUAAUGCGCAAAGCGAACAUGCUAGUUUUGGAGCCGUCGAGGGCCAGUAUGCUAUCAAAUAUGGUAAGCUACAAGAAUUUUCUGAACAGCAAACAGUAGAUUGUGAUGAGGAUUCAAUGGGCUGUGGGGGUGGUCUAAUGACAUCUGCAUUCAGUUCCAUGAUUGAAGAGGGUGGUUUGGAGUCAGAAUCCGACUACCCUUAUAUUGCAAAAUCACAGUCUUGCCAAUUCCAAGCUAGCAAGGUAGCUGUCGAACUAACUGGAUGUAUUAACUACAAUCUCAAGUCACAGGAAAAGCUUAAGCAACUAGUUGCCACCAUUGGACCAAUAUCUAUUGCUGUGAAAGGAGCACCCUUCCUUACGUAUAAAGGUGGUAUAAUAUCUGAUGAUGCGUGCAACGAAGGCGACGUUAACCAUGCUAUUCUUCUAGUAGGAUAUGGAACAGUCUUCUGCGUUUGUUUGGCGGCGUGUGCGCAGGCAGCGUCAGUGCCAAUGUUUGACCUCGAAGACGCCGAGGAACAUUUUGAGCGCUUCAUCCAAGACUACAACAAACAAUACACAAGCGAGGAAGAGAAGCAAGCCAGGUUUGCAAUUUUCAGAGAAAACUUGAAAAAGGCAAACACUUUAAAUGCGCAAAGCGAACAUACUAGGUUUGGGGCCGUUGAGGGCCAGUAUGCCAUCAAAAAUGGUCAACUACUAGAAUUUUCUGAACAACAAACAGUUGAUUGUGAUAAAGGAUCCGGCGGGUGUGGAGGUGGUCUUAUGACUUCUGCGUUCAGUUCCAUGAUCGAAUUAGGUGGCCUGGAGUCAGAAACUGACUAUCCUUAUGUGGGUCAAGCCCAGUCUUGCCAAUUCCAAGCUAGCAAGGCAGCUGUCAGACUAACUGGCUGCAACAACUACAAUAUCCAGUCCCAGGAAAGGCUUAAGGAACUAGUUGCCACCGUUGGACCAAUAUCUAUUGCUGUCAAGUCUGCAGGCUUCCACUUGUAUACUGGGGGUGUGAUGAACGACCAAGAUUGCAAUACUGGAGAGGUUAACCAUGCUAUUCUUCUAGUGGGUUAUGGAACAGAAAACGGAAUGCCAUACUGGCUGGCCAAGAACUCGUGGGAUACAGUUUUUGGUGAAAAUGGCUACAUCAAGUUUCCGCGUGGAGAUAAUUACAACUCGUGUGGAGUGAUGAAUCAGGCUAUGGCGUCUCCAAUAAUAGCAUAA